AUGGCUUCCCAGCCGUCGCGGCCGCCGCCGGCGGAAUACCCUAAUCCGCCCGCUCCCACCACCAUAGCUGCUCUCGACGGCGACCUACUCCGGGAGAUCUUGCUCCGCCUCCCCGACCUUCCUAGCCUCGCCUGUGCUGCCUUCACCUGCCGCGCCUUCCUUGGCGCCGUCCGUUCAUCCUCCGCCUUCCGCCGCCGCUUCCGCGCCCUCCACGCGUCUCCCCUCCUCGCCCUCUUCCUCACACCCCACAUGCGCGCCGUACCUGCCUUCACCACCGCAUGGCGCCACUCCAACUUGGACCUCGAUGCCGCCACCGAUUUCUUCCGCACCAUCCUCCGAGACGACGACGAUGCUUCCGUUUGGGGGUUCAAUCUCUCCGGUUCCUCGAUUCCCUACCUCAAUGGUUACGUCGUCCUGGAGAACCGGGGCACCAAGCAGCGUGGUUACUACAACCCCCAAACGAAGGCCCUGGAUCUCUGCCCCAAGGAUCCCCGCCACAUCAUCCGCGGCACCAUCCUUGAGUUCUACACACUCUCCGCCCAAGAGGGCCAGAGGCCGUCCCGCGUGGUCUGUGUCAGCCACGACCACUCAUGGGCUUGGGUACGCCUCGCUGUCUUCUCAUCAAACACCAUGGAGUGGCAGAUCUUCCCGGAGGCCGCGACGCUGCUGCCUGAGGGCGACAAGCGCACAACCCGCACGGUGAUGGAUGGGUUUGUCUGCUGGGAACACUACAGAGAGGGCUACAUUUUCGCGCUCAACACAGCUACCUUGCAGUUCUCACGAAUGGAUCUGCCGCCGCACUUCAAAGGUGUUUAUUCAGCCGGAUAUUCAGGAUUUAAGGUCGGCCAGACCAAUGACGGGAAGCUCUGUGUCGUAAGCGUCGAGGAGCACACCCUUUUUACUUGGGUCUGGGCAGCCGACCAGGAUGGUGUCGACAGAUUCGUGCUAGGCAAAAUGUUUCCGCUGCUCACGGUUUUUCAGGAUAUCAUGGAGUGCUCAGCGCAGGAUAAAACUAAGGUGCGGAUUAUGGCGGUUAUGGAUGGCUUUGUCUACCUCUCCAUUUGCCACUGGAAGGAUUUCAGCGACCUCUUCAAAUCCUCCGAGUGGUUCCUAGCCUUCUCCCUGAAAACAGGGGAGCUGUGUGAGAUGUUUAAGAGUGAACAACAGAUUCCCCGCCCUAUCACUCCUUACAUCAUGGAGUGGCCUCCAUCUUUGGUGCACAACAUGGAGAAUUCAGAAACUAAAGUUGCUGGAGACAGUGGAGAAGAUGGUGGUCAUGUGGGCACAGAAGAAGCUACGCCUAUCCUUGCACGAGCACUACAAUCAUUCAAAGGAGCUUUGAUUAAUGAUGAUGAAUCUAAAGUUUCAGAAACAGAGGCCUUCCUACUUUGUGUUGAUGCUGUGGAUGAUGAGAACUCUCUUGUGAGGAAAAUGACUACUUUGGAUGCGGUAUUAACAGCUGUGAGGGAUCGUGUUUUGAGCAUAGGUGCGGACCCUGAUAUCUCCAGAAAAAGGGCAGAAAGAGAGAGCUGGUUCCAGAUGUGCAAGGGGAAGCUAUGGAGAGCUUUCUUUGCCGGUUGAAUCAGACUAUCAGGAGUAAGUGAGCUUCCUCUUUCUUGAACUAGGUUGGUACUUCAGAUUUAGAUGGUGGGUGGCAAAUGUGCAAAGGGAAAGUUAUAUAGAAUUUCCCUUUACUACCUAUCAGGAGUAAGUGUGUUUGUGUUGAAAUACGUUGGUAAGUAGGAGUACUUGAGUAUCUUACAUGGUAUGAAGACAGUAUGUGCUAGCUUUAUGUACUUUAGUUGUAACCAUCAGUUUCAGUAUGACU